CACAACAACAGCUGUAAACAGCUACAACAUGCUAGCUGAGUGAUUCAGGCUGCUGCUGAUUUCACGGUUAUCAUUCACGGUUACGGUCUGUUUACCGCAGCGGGGCGUUUCACCGGCGGCGGGGCGGAACGACAGUUGGACGUCUGUCGGAGCUACCGGACCGACAGACGACAUGAAGACGGUUACUGCGCGGUCAGGCUACAGUUUGUUACCGUUUGUUACCGUUUAGCAUCUGUUAGCAUCCGUUAGCACCGUCCACUGCUCGCUGCUAGCCUGCUGAACAUCAACACGGGUCCUGUCAACAGCUGCUGACACCACCGUGUUGCGGCGUAAUGGGGAACCAGCUGGCGGGGAUCGCCCCCUCACAGAUCCUGUCUGUGGACAGCUACUUUUCAGACAUCCACGACCAUGAGUACGAUAAGAGUCUGGGCAGCACCCGCUUCUUCAAGGUGGCCCGGGCCAAACACCGCGAGGGCUUAGUGGUGGUCAAAGUGUUCGCCAUCCAGGACCCGUCACUGCCGCUGACCAGCUACAAACAGGAGCUGGAGGAGCUGAAGAUCCGACUGCACUCCUGCCAGAACUGCCUGCCCUUCCAGAAAACCUCCCUGACUGAGAAGGCAGCCAUCUUGUUCCGUCAGUACGUCCGGGACAACUUGUACGACCGCAUCAGCACCCGGCCCUUCCUCAAUAACGUGGAGAAGCGCUGGCUGGCCUUCCAGAUCCUCAACGCCGUCGACCAGGCGCACAAAGCCGGCGUCCGCCACGGCGACAUAAAGACAGAGAAUGUGAUGGUGACCAGCUGGAACUGGGUGCUGCUCACCGACUUCGCCAGCUUCAAGCCCACGUAUCUCCCCGAGGACAACCCCGCUGACUUCAACUACUUCUUCGACACGUCCAGGCGGAGGACGUGCUACAUUGCUCCAGAGAGGUUCGUGGAUGGAAGCAUGUUCACCACGGAGAGCGACCAGAACACGCCGCUGGUGGACCUGACCAACAACAACCAGAGGAGCAGAGGGGAGCUCAGACAGGCCAUGGACAUCUUCUCUGCAGGCUGUGUAAUAGCGGAGCUCUUCACGGAAGGCGUCCCUCUGUUCGACCUGUCCCAGCUGCUGGCGUAUCGUAAAGGACACUUCCAGACGGAGCACGUCCUCAAGAAGAUCGAGGACCGGAGCAUCCGGGAGCUGGUGGUUCAGAUGGUGCAGAGAGAGCCAGAGAGGCGUCUGACAGCAGAGGAGUAUCUGAAGCAGCAGAGAGGGAAAGCCUUCCCCGACAUCUUCUACACCUUCCUGCAGCCCUACAUGGCUCAGUUCGCCAAAGAGACCUUCCAGUCCGCCGACGAGCGAGUCCUUGUCAUCCGCAAAGACCUGGACAACAUCCUGCACAACCUGCGAGGAGGAGGCUCCUCUUCCUCCUUGUCUUUGUCUCCGGACGGCAGCGACGUCGUGCUGAGCUCCAGGGAGGAGCAGGGCCUCAUGGUGCUGGUGUCCGUCAUCUCUUCCUGCCUGCAGACGCUGCACUCCUGCGACUCCAAGCUGGCGGCGUUGGAGCUCAUCUUGCACCUGGCUCCGCGGCUCGGCGUCGACAUCCUGCUGGACCGCAUCACGCCCUACCUGCUGCACUUCUGCAACGACCCCGUGCCUCGCGUACGCGCUCAGGCCGUGCGCACGCUGGCCAAAGUGCUGGCGCUGGUGAAGGAGGUGCCGAGGAACGACGUCAACAUCUACCCAGAGUACAUUCUGCCUGGCAUCGCCCACCUCGCCCAGGACGACGCCACCAUCGUCAGGCUGGCAUACGCAGAGAAUAUCGCUCAUCUGGCAGAGAGCGCUCUGCGUUUCCUGGAGCUGGUUCAGGAAAACAACGUGAACACGGAGCAGGACGUGUGCGGAGAGGAGACGGAGGAAAUACUCCACCCCAACGAAAACUACGACUCAGAGCUGCAGGCGCUGCAUGAGAUGGUGCAGCAGAAAGUGGUGACGCUGCUGAGCGACUCGGAGAACAUCGUCAAACAGUCGCUGAUGGAGAACGGCAUCACGCGACUCUGCGUCUUCUUCGGCCGGCAGAAAGCUAACGACGUGCUGCUGUCGCACAUGAUCACCUUCCUCAACGACAAGAACGACUGGCAUCUGAGAGGAGCCUUCUUCGACAGCAUCGUGGGUGUGGCGGCGUACGUGGGCUGGCAGAGCUCCUCCAUCUUGAAGCCCCUCCUCCAGCAGGGUCUCAGUGACACAGAGGAGUUCGUCAUCUACAAAGCUCUCAACUCUCUCACCUGUAUGUGUCAGCUGGGUCUGCUGCAGAAACCUCAUAUCUACGAGUUCGUCAGUGACAUCGCGCCGUUCCUGUGUCACCCCAACCUGUGGAUUCGUUACGGGGCGGUGGGCUUCAUCACCGUCAUCGCUCAGCACCUCAACGUGGCCGACGUCUACUGUAAACUGAUGCCCCACCUCAACCCCUUCAUCACCCAGCCCAUCAUCCAGAUCGAUAAGGAGCUGGUCCUGCUCAGUGUGCUGAAGGAGCCGGUCAGUCGCUCCAUCUUCGACUACGCUCUGCGCUCCAAAGACAUCGCCAGCCUCUUCCGCCACCUGCUGCUUCGCCAGAAGAAGCGAGCGGGAUCAAUCCCAGAAUGCCCCACUCCUGACGACCCGGCCAUCGCUCAGCUGCUCAAGAAGUUGCUCUCACAGGGGAUGACCGAGGCCGAGGAGGACAAGCUGCUGGCGCUCAAAGACUUCAUGCUGAAAUCCAACAAGGCCAAAGCCAACAUGGGCGAGCAGAGUCACCUGGGGGAGGCGGCUCAGACCGGCGUCAUCGACCUGGCCACGCUCGGCAUCACCGGCCGCCAAGUGGACCUGGUUAAACCCAAAGCUGAGCCCGAGGACAAGAGAGCGAGGAAGCACACGAAGCAGGACUCCACCAUGAACGAGGAGUGGAAGAGCAUGUUUGGGUCUCAGGAGCCGCCGUCGGCCCAGCAGCCCGCCACGGCCACAGAUGGGCCGGCGAGUCAGACCAGGAAGAGCGCCGCGGCCCCGUCUGUGCCCGUGCUGCAGUCGGUGGCGAGCGGCGCCGCCUACCAGCGGCGCAUCAACACCUGCAAGGCGGAGCUGCAGCAGCUGGUGCAGCAGAAGAGGGAGCAGUGCAGCGCCGAGCGCAUGGCCAAACAGAUGAUGGAGAGCGCCGAGUGGGAGAGUCGGCCGCCGCCGCCUGGGUGGCACCCUAAAGGGCUGCUGGUCGCUCAUCUCCACGAACACAAAGCUGCUGUGAACCGCAUCAGAGUCUCGGACGAACACUCCAUCUUCGCCACGGCGUCCAACGACGGCACCGUUAAAGUGUGGGACAGUCAGAAGAUGGAGGGAAAGACCACGACCACCAGGUCGGUGUUGACUUAUUCUCGUAUCGGCGGUCACGUGAAGACAUUGACCUUCUGUCAGGGGUCACAUUACUUGGCGGUGGCCUCAGAUAACGGAUCCAUCCAGCUGCUGGCAGUCGAAGCCAACAAACCGCCAAAAUCUCCCAAAGUGCAGCCGUUCCAGACCAGGUCUCUGGACCUGCAGGAGGACGGCUGUGCGGUCGACAUCCACCAUUUUAACUCGGGGGCCCAGUCGGUGCUGGCGUACGCCACCGUCAACGGCUCGCUGGUCGGCUGGGACCUUCGCUCCAACUCCAACGCCUGGACGCUGCGCCACGACCUCCGCCUCGGCCUCAUCACCUCCUUCACCGUCGACAUGCACCAAUGCUGGCUCUGCUUAGGGACCAGCAGCGGCACCAUGGCCUGCUGGGAUAUGCGGUUCCAGCUGCCCAUCUCAAACCACUCCCACCCGGCCCGAGCACGAAUCAGACGAUUGCUGAUGCAUCCGCUCUACCAAUCAUCUGUCAUCGCAGCUGUCCAGGGGAAUAACGAAGUGUCGAUGUGGGACAUGGAGACUGGCGAUCGGAAAUUCACCCUGUGGGCGAGCUCCGCCCCUCCCCUCUCUGAGAUGCAGCCGUCUCCUCACAGCGUUCAUGGGAUCUACUGCAGUCCUGCUGACGGGAACCCUCUGCUGCUGACUGCUGGAUCUGACAUGAGGAUCAGGUUCUGGGACCUGGCGUAUCCUGAGAGGUCGUACAUCGUGGCGGGAGGAGCCAAUGACUCGCUGCACUGUCCGUCGGUCCUCUACAGCAGGAAGAUCAUUGAAGGAACUGAAGUCGUACAGGAGAUCCACAGUAAACAGAAGAGCGGUGUCGUAGAGGACUCGCCUCGCCGUGGCCCAGAAUCCCUCCCUGUGGGACACCAUGACAUCAUCACUGACAUCGCCACCUUUCAGACGACACAGGGCUUCAUCGUCACCUCGUCCAGAGACGGCAUCGUCAAAGUGUGGAAGUGAAGACACGCCAACGACACGCCAACACAAACACACAGCUUACAGACAAUUGUGUGAUUCACAUGUAUGAGACAGGAAGUGAUAUCCUCCGUUCGCUCUUUACAAUUUGAAUUAAUUAACUCCUCCUCGUCCCGUUGGCUGCUUCUGAUGAUCCGUUAAAGUCUCACGGCUUCCCGUUCCUCAAUUCGUCAUAUCUACACAGCAUCAAUAGAUAAAAGAGGUGCACAAAGGAGACGAGAGGGAAAUUAAGUCUUUUCAUAGGGGGAAUAAAAUAAUUCUAGUAAAUAUAGUAGGGCUGUACUGCUUCAGUCAUAACGUUGAUAUUUGAAUGAUGCACAGCUGCUUCUUCUUCUCGUCUCUUCAUUGUGUUUAAAGCCGGUCUUUGUGCCCAGUGUCAGAUAAAGAUCAGCCUCCACUAAUAUUAUUAGUAUUAUACUAUUAGUAGAGGAAGAUUAAUUCAUUAGAUAGUUAAAAUCCAAAAUUCAAUUGUUUUUUUUAUGUUAAAUAUUCUGCAUCAAUCCAUAUUUGUUGGCAUUUAGCCAUCAAAUUAAAUUAAAAGUUCUAAUUUGAUAUUUAGGGUGUUUUCAUAUUAGGUACGAUUGAUUCGUACUGUGCCCGAGUACGAUUGACAAGAGUACUCGGAUCCGGGCCCGGGUCCCUGAUUUGAAAGCACCCUAAAAGAAGAAUUGUGAAGCACCUUUUUUUCAUCAUCAUAUAAAUGAUGAAUCUGAUUCUGGAGUUGAUUCAGCUUUUAGACGUGAUGGAUAUUAUUUCUAUGAGAGUUUUUUUACGCCCCCUAAAGUCAGUUCAUUAGCAGCUGAAUGUUUGAGCCAAAAACAACAUUUACACCAACACAUGCAUUCGUCCUCUCUCUCUUUGUGUCUGUACAUACGUUAUUUUAAAAUCUGAGUAAUAUAAAGGUUGAUUUGAAACUUGUACAAAAUAUAAAAUGAUGCAUUUUGUAGCUGCAGAUGAACCAUGUGACCUGCAUGUCCGUGUUUGUCCAUCUGUUGAAUAAAAUCAGCAGCAAAAAAUCA